AUGAUCAACGAUUCUGGGCUGUCCUUUGAUGAUCACGAGGCUACCAUGGUGUCUGUGGUUGACGAGUACAACUACACAACAAGUGAUUACGCUAAUGGCAAUGAAUAUAAUGACACAGUGGCUGAACGCAACGAAAACGACCAGACAUAUAGUGAUUAUAACCAUGUAUAUGAUGACGAAUACUAUUUGAAUCUGUAUGACUUCGAGAUCAUUACCCUAGGACGCGUUCGACCUAUCAUCGUACUAGUGGUGGCGCUUGCAAAUAUAUUUAUCGUGAGCUAUUUUAUGUCGGGUAAAGGACGCGGCAAGUCAACUAAUUUGCUGUUUGUGAGCAUCGCCUUCUCUCAGACGAUUACCGGAAUUGCGUUACUUCCGAACUCGUUCAACGUAUACAUUCCAGGCAAUGAUAUAUUAUCGGCGGUAGCAUGCAAUACGUACAUGGUCUUGAAACUCUAUAUCUCAAUGGCGUUUCAUACAGCAUCCAUAUGGCAGACUGUCUUCUUGGGAAUCCAACGUUACCUCUGCGUUUGUCAUCCAUUGAAAUCAGGUAACAUUUGCACCUUCUGGAAGACAUUUGUAACAAUAAUCAUUACAUACAUGCUGUCAUUUCUGAUGCAUAUUUACAAGCUGAUCAAUGCAAUUACUCACAAGUACACCCACGACCAUAAUUGUGAAUGGAGGACAGAUCAUCCUUGCAAAGAUGUCUGCUUGUAUCUUUGGAUUUGCGUUAUUUUUCAACACUUUCUCCCAGUAUUCUUACUGAUAGGAUUGACGAUUCAGACACUCAUGAGCCUGCAUAAGGCACAGCGACAGGCCUCCCCCAAUAUAUCGCACAAGGCCAAGAAGAUACGAAGCUCAAGGGACAGAAUAAUUACCUUUACGACAGCGUUGAUUGUUGUCUGCUUCCUCGUGCCAGAGAUCCCCUACGGGAUAUACACGCUGUUUGUUCUGAUUAAUAUUCACAGUCUUGAGCUUGCAAAGCUUGAAUUAAAGACACACCACAUUAUGUUCAGCGCAUAUGAGAUCGCGAUGCUUGUCAGCUUUCAUGCAAACUUUUGGAUCUACUGCAUGAUGAUGGGCGACUUUCGCCGAGCACUCAUUCACGCGUUCACGUUCAGAUGUUUUACACGUGACUGCGUCAAGCGACGUCAACAUUGUAAUACGUACCAGCGGACCAUCAAUACAUCGGAUUACCCAAAACGCUUACAGGUACUCUUAUCGCUAACAAGCAUCCACUCGACUACGUCGGACAACAUAACCGCUGUCAAUGAAAAGAUAUUGCUGAGGCCUAUUGAUGACCAAAGAAUCUUACCUGCCUACUGCAAACAACCGUCUAAGGAAGACUACAACGAGCAUUUCGACGAUGUUUUUGUGUAA